AUGUCUCAAAUCGUUGGCUUCACUUUUGGCUCCUUCGGAGACAUCCUCUCUAUACUUCAGCUCGCUCGUACUGUCCAACGUUUGUUGAGCGACAGCCUCGGCGCUUCAUCGGAGUAUCAAGACCUGCUCCUUGAGCUCGACAGGAUGUUGCGCGUUCUUCACCUGGUCCAGGGCGCCACCACUCCUCGCCAUGGCUCCGGAUCUCUGUCGAUCAACACUCAUGAGGACCUGAGAUUGUCUAUCACUCGUUGCCGGAUCGUCAUAUUCGAUUUGUAUGCCAGGAUUCAGAAAUUCCGGGAGAGCUUGAGGAAAGGGGGAUCGGGUAGCAGAAUGAGGGAUUCGUGGCGCAAGAUCGGAUGGGGAUUAUUCAAGGUUGAUGAGUUGGUGGACAUCAGGAGGAAAUUGAAGGAUGAGGGCGACGUUAUCAUGACUCUAUUGGACGUGUCCAAUUCGAUGGCGAUCAGCCGGGUCGAGGACAUAGUUCGGGCCUCACAGGCGAAUGUGCUCGAGAUCAAGCAUUGCAUCGAUGAAAUCCCCGAGGUCCUGGGCUACUACUGGGAAGGCGGUUCCAUGAUUGGCGAUCGGCCUAUUAUUUUGAACGACAUGCUAGGUCAAUGCAUUCAGCUGCCUGCACAAAUUUAUAGAACCUGGAGUGAAUUUCAACGCUUCUUGCGCUUCCACUAUCAAAGGAAGGCAGGCCAUCGCUUUAUCGUAUCAGGAGAGUAUGAUCUAUCGUCAGAUCAUAAUAGGAACUCCUUAUCUCCUACGAACUGGGUAGUACGGCCGGGAACUGUAAUCGACAUGAGCGCUCGCCUUCGAGUGAUUCGGUUCAGACCGGGUGCUAAUGCCACUGUCUACAUUGAAGUCUGCCCGUCUUGCUCUCGUUCAAAUAUCCAGGAAAAUAGCAUGAAACAGUUAGCGGAAGUCACAUGCUCCUACUGCGGUUCAACUUACUCUGUUGCGGAAGCAAAGAGCGCUGUGCCUCCCAGCGACAUCAUAGGGCCACGCUUUAUGGAUGGGUCGUACGAGGAUCUGCAUUUCGGAAACUCACUCUCUGACGAGAUCGAGUCUGUUGCACUGCCGUACUUGUGUCCAUCAGCGAUUAAGAUAUGGAACGACCGGGAUGAUUCGCGCUUUCUACGGCGCAUCAAGGUGAUAGAGUCAUACGUGGAAGAAUUGCGCACUCUGGAAGAAUUCUCCUAUUUCAGCAACCGUCUUAACGUCCCAUUCUCCACAAAGAUAAACGGUCAAGACGUAUUGGAUCUUGCACUCGAGGAGGCCUUUGGCUGUGCGACAGAUUUGAAGAAGACGGAGAGGCAUUAUUCACGACUCUUGAGUCUACUCCAACACAUAUCUUGUGUUCUCAUCGGCAUGCAAUGUUUCUUCCCCACUAAAAAUGGAUUGCCGAUCGAAAAUUCUCAUGUGUUACCACCUUCGAUCCAACUUGUGUUUCAGCAGACCAUGCGGAUUGUACUUCGGUUCAACCUUUGCGCAGCUGAUAUACAGCGCAAGAAGGACGAGGGACUCAGUCCAACGGCCAUUAUUCGUGAGACCGACGAGUUAUUCUUGGACACGUACAGUCAGCUGUUGGAACAUCAUCAGAUUCUUCUCUUGUUCGCAAAGUUUGCGAACCGUGCUCAGGCAAGCUGGUUUCAUCCUCUAUACCGGUGCGGAAUUUAG